GUGCUUGCAGUGUCCUUGGCGCUGUUGGCAAUUGCCCUUGAAGCCUCAGGCUCGAAUGACAUGAAGGCCACCUUCCUCGCGGAGCAGGCGAUGCAACGGGCGCAUGGGCAGCUGGAGGUCGCAGCGGCGAAGCUGGGCCCCCCACGCAAGGUGACCUUGAAAGAGUUUCUACUGGACCCGGCCUUCGAGCCUCCCCUGGUGGAGUACACGGUGGAGGAGAGUGGCGGCGUCCACCGCGCAAGCGUGGCUUUCGCCGGAGUCUCGCACGCAGGUGCACCCUCAGCCUCCCAAGAGGAGGCAAGGCUGAGCGCCGCUCUGGUGGCUUUGCGCUCGCUUCGAGCAAAGCAUCGCAGCGAUGAGAAGCAUGGACACCAG